GUUUUUCUUCCUCUUAUCUCCUUCAUUUAACUCUUCCUCAAAAAUAGGAGAUUCUGGUGUCUGGGGCUUGAAAAAGAAUUUUGCUUUGUUGGAGCUCUUGGAACGGUUGCAGAAUGGACCCGCUGGGCAAUGUGGGACAGCAGAAGAAGCCAUUGGUCUAUCUGGAGAGAGUAUCAUUAGGUGCGAUGAAGAUGAAGCCCACAUUGCAUCUGUAUAUUGCACUGUUUGUGCCACUCACCUGUGUGCAGACUGUUCGCAGCUUACUCAUUCUACCAAGACACUGGCGAAGCACAGGCGUGUGCCUCUUGCUGAUAAGCCUCAUGAGAAGACCAUGUGCUCCCAACACCAAGUGCAUGCUAUUGAGUUUGUUUGUUUGGAAGAGGGCUGUCAGGCGAGUCCUCUUAUGUGUUGUGUCUGCAAAGAAUAUGGGAAGCAUCAAGGUCAUAAGCAUUCUGUCUUGGAACCUGAAGCAAACCAGAUUCGUGCAUCCAUUUUAGACAUGGCCCACUGUAUAAGAACUUUCACAGAAGAAAUCUCAGAUUAUUCCAGAAAAUUAGUUGGAAUUGUUCAGCAUAUAGAAGGAGGAGAACAAAUAGUUGAAGAUGGAGUUGGAAUGGCCCAUACUGAACAUGUACCAGGAACCGCAGAGAAUGCUCGCUCGUGUGUCCGAGCCUAUUUUUCUGAUCUUCAUGAAACCCUUUGUCGUCAGGAGGAAAUGGCUCUUAGUGUUGUUGAUGCUCACGUGAGAGAGAAAUUGAUUUGGCUUAGGCAACAGCAAGAAGACAUGACCAUCCUCUUGUCACAGGUUUCAACAGCCUGCCUUCAUUGUGAAAAGACUUUACAACAGGAUGACUGCAGAGUAGUGUUGGCCAAACAGGAAAUUACAAGAUUGCUGGAGACAUUACAGAAACAGCAGCAGCAGUUUACAGAACUUGCAGAUCAUGUACAGCUGGAUGCUAGCAUACCUGUUACUUUUACAAAGGACAACAGGGUACAUAUUGGACCAAAAAUGGAAAUUCGGGUUGUCACUCUAGGGUUAGAUGGAGCUGGCAAAACAACUAUUUUGUUUAAGUUAAAGCAAGAUGAAUUCAUGCAGCCAAUUCCAACAAUAGGCUUUAAUGUUGAAACUGUAGAAUACAAGAAUUUGAAGUUUACUAUUUGGGAUGUAGGAGGGAAGCAUAAAUUGAGGCCUUUGUGGAAACAUUAUUAUCUCAAUACACAAGCGGUGGUGUUUGUUGUUGAUAGUAGUCACAGAGACAGAGUCAGUGAAGCACACAGUGAACUUGCAAAAUUAUUAACAGAGAAGGAAUUGCGGGAUGCCUUGCUCUUGAUCUUUGCUAAUAAACAGGAUGUAGCAGGUGCACUUUCCGUGGAAGAAAUCACAGAACUGCUGAGUCUCCACAAACUCUGCUGUGGCCGCAGCUGGUAUAUUCAGGGUUGUGAUGCCCGAAGUGGUACAGGACUUUAUGAAGGAUUGGACUGGCUUUCGAGGCAGUUGGUGGCUGCUGGUGUACUGGAUGUGGCUUAA